CCUGUCGUCUCUCACCUUCUCCGACCUUUCUCGUGUCGUCUCGCGUGGCCGUCGAGGCGAUCCAACGACCUUGUCGCCACCUCGUGUCUCGUGCGCUAGCCGCUAGCUCCAGUUCGUAAUUGCUGCACGCUGGCCUCCGGCAAGGCACGUGCCCGAGCCGGGGAGCUCAGGGGACGGUGGUAGAACAAUGUGCACGAUGAUUGCUUCGUUCCGAUUGUUCGUAUUUGGUCUGUGACCUUUGACGUCGGGCGAGCUAACCACCAGCUAGCUGCAAGAGAUAUGGAUCCUGCAGAUAGAGACAUUGAACGCGGCGUCGGGCUUUCGAUGGUGUGCAUGUUCCGCCAUUGUGAGUGUUUUCAUGGGGACGGCACGGCCGUGGCGGCGAAUAGCAGGAGCAGCAUCGAUCCUUAGCCAUCGUUAUUGUGAUGCUGCCAUGGCGUAGCCGCCGAGGCCCAGACGCCCAGUCACAUCGUCUGCUUGUCCGUCUAGCUUACGUUGUCCGGCCUAUCAGGUUCCCUGUAGACGGGCAAGCGGCUGUGAAUUGCAAGCUUCUGCGCCAUUGAUAUGUGGCUGAUCAAUUUGGUUUCUAGUUUACUAUAUAUUUGGUAAAGUUGAAACUUAUAAGAUUUUGUUGUAAAGCUGUUUUUCUGAAAAACUACUUAAGACUUUUGAGAAAAGUUGUUAGCUUAUGGUUUUAAUUUUUAAACUUUUAGCACACAACUUUUAAAAAUACUACUUUCAGUUAGGUUAUUAAUUUUUAGUUCAUUUCGUCAAAAACUAGCUUAUCGUUUUUUCAAAAAUUAGCAUAAGCGCAGUCUAUUUAGCAUAACUUAUGGUUUCUAAAAAACAUUAGCUACUGAUAAAACUAUGCCAAACAGGGCCUAUGGCUUCUGCUAGAGGAUGCUUCUAGAAUUUGGAUUCUUUUUCUCGUGAAUAGCAAGGUACUCUGCAACUCUAUGCACCGUGGACUAAAAUUCAGUGUUCUUAUUUUAAGUAGAAGCAUGAGGGUUAGAGGCUUACAACUAUACAACUACCAAUCACAGUAAAAAACUAGCAACAACUAAUGAAAUUAGCAUAUAGAUUUCCCUCUAAGAAAAGAAAUAAAUUAGCAUAUCGUUAUCAGCCAGCCUAACAGUAGCCUAAUGAACUGAAGAGUUGCAAACGGGAAACUACAGUUUGAACCUCUACACCACCACUUGAUAAUUGGAAGUUUCAACGCCGUCAGUACUUAGGAGUAGAGUUGUGUGAUUGUGAAUAUAUCUCAGUUAGUGCUGCAUCUUCUGAAACAUUCUUUUGCAUGCCUAGCUUCUUCAGGAAAAGGAACUAUUUUAUGGUUCCAGUCAUCCAGUGCAAAUGACUUCUAUUCUUUUGCAAACGACUUCGAUAAAAUAGUGUGCAUUCCAUCGUAGGAACCGUUGGCUUGAUUCGACUGAAGUGGUAGCCCUUUUUUUACUUACUUUACUACGUUGGUGACUUGCACAGUUCCACUGACCGCUGUUGCUAGUUGUUAGAUCUGAUAUAUCCUGCGUAUCAAAAUUGGCCAGUCCCCUGUUUGUAAGCUAUGCAUACUGAAGACUCUACGAUGUGUUUCAUCUUGUGUGAUUUCCCUUCCAAUGAGCUCUACAAGCUGACGAACAUAGAUCGAUUUGUCAACGGGUCAUGGAAGAUCUACUCGACUGAUCUCCGGCGGCCGCUGGAGAGGGUUGGCAGAGUGACGGCAGCCGGCAGGGUGAACAAUGAAGAUUGACGACAUCAGUUGACUGCCCUGCGCGGUGAGGUAGGAGAGUGCGAGCCCUCUUGUGGGUUGUAAGCAGCUUACAGAUGCCGGUAUAAGCCAGCGGCCGGGCUCUGGCUGCUCGCUGCAGUGGGGAGGCGGGGAAGUCGACGCUUCUGCGGCAAACAACGAGCACAAAACCGGCGACACGGCUGGGACUAGCCUCGCGCGUGUUCUUCAAUCCCAGUCUCAAUCUCAAACAAGAACACCUGUGCUCACGUAACUCAUGCGCCGAGCGGUGUGGAAGUACCGCUAGGCAGCUGGCACGACCGGAGUUGCAUCUGCCAGCCCAGGAACGCCGAACGCGGCAGGCGAGGCGAGGCGGCCUUGACGCCUGCAUGUCCCCUGCGUCGCUUGCUGGCUCGCCUGCCCCCGUUCUCUCGCGCGACUUCCUAAGCCAGUCGGAGCGGAAGCAGCAGGCGCCGGCCCCCCACCCGCAGGCAGACAGAUAGACCCGAGUCAGCCGACUCACCGCAACACGAACACCUCUCCUCUCGCGAGCACAGCCCCUUAUUUAUUUUCCUCUUUCUCUCCGCCUACCUUCCAGGCUCCCGCACCCACCUGGUCAUCUCCCACCUCUCUCAAUAUACUACCCUCCCGCUCCUCCCCGUCGACCACACCGCCUCCCCUCCCAAGUCCCGGACGCCUCGCGAGGGUGGCAACCACCGCCUCGCCGGAAUCCGAGAGCCGAGAUCCUAGGGGCAGAAGGCCAGAAUGCCCGCGCAGAAGCGCCGGCUACCUUCGCCGUCUUCGAAACCCCGCGACCACGCCGCGGCUCCCGGCGCUUCUACCGCUUCUGCCGGCGGGGGAGGCGUAGGAGAAGGAGGAGGGGGACGCCUGCCGCUGCCGAGCGGGGGCACCGCCAAGCGGAGGUUGUCUGACCCGAAGCCGCAGCGCGCAGACGACGAUUCGGAUGCGGAGGAUGGCGGCGGCGCGGACGAGGACAGCGAGUCCUCGCAGAGCGACGGCGGCAACGACGAGUUUAUAAUAGUGAAAUUAGCAGAAAUACGGAAGGAGGUCCAAUGCCCUAUCUGUUUAGGCAUUAUCCGGAAGACAAGGACGGUUAUGGAAUGUUUGCACCGAUUCUGUAGAGACUGCAUUGAUAAAUCUAUGCGGCUAGGAAACAAUGAAUGCCCAGCAUGCCGCACUCAUUGUGCAAGCCGACGUUCUUUGAGGGAUGAUCCUAAUUAUGAUGCGCUGAUUGCAGCCUUAUAUCCAGACAUUGAUAAGUACGAGGAAGAGGAACUUGCUUUCGGUGAAGAGGAGAAGACUCGGAAUAAAAAGAUUCAAGAAACCAUUGAGGAAACAUUUCAAAGGCAGUCCGAGGCAAUUGGUAAGAAGCGUUCCACAGCAAAAGCAACUGCUACUGCUUUUGCAAGGAAGUACAGGAGAAAUAUGCGAACACGAGGGAGAGGUAAAAUGGUUGCUCCUGAUAUUGCCCCUACUGGCUCCGAUGACGAGGAUAAAGAAGAAGAAAAUGACAAUGAUGCCACCAGAGAGUCGUCUUCCGCAGAUGAUCAUUCUCCAGAUUUAAGGCAGAAAAGAGGUAGGAAGAAAUCUGUAUCACAAUCUUCACCUGCUAGGACCAUUGGCAGCAUUGACCACGGCUUCGAGGAGAACAAUGAAUUAGUUGGUGGAAAAGAAAUUUUGGCCACCUCUCCAUUGCAGGGAGAGAUGCUUGCAUGGGGAAAAAAUGGUACACGAAGCCAAACUCGACAUGGCAGUGCUGCUGGUUCAAAUGGCAGGAUGGCGAAGGGCGGACGCAUUGGAAAGUUGGUUGAUCACCUCCGUACCACUGAUGACAUGGAUAAGGAGUUCUACUUGUAUCUUGUUCUCCUUCCUCUGGAUGGACAAAGCAUACCUAACUUGGAAAAGCCCUAUCUAAGUUGUCGACCAACCUUGUCCAUUCGACAUCUUGUACAGUUCAUUGCUCUUCAAUUGUCUCGACAAGUCGAAGAACUUGAGAUGUACACAAGGAUGGACCACCACCAUGGGAGUGUUGUCUCGAAGGAUUCCAGUACAGGUGAGGCAAAACUGCGUCCAUUUAAUGGAUUGGAAAGAUUGCGGGAAGAUAAACUUCUUUCGGAGCUUCACCCUUCAUUUGCCUCUAGUAAUGGUGAUCUGGAGUUAUUGUAUGCUUUGAAAACUCAAGGCUAGAUCAAUUUUGAUCCCUAGCUAUCAAUUUGUGAGGUCACUGUUGGUACGGUGGUGCUGCAAGUGAGGUCUGCAUCCGGUGAACGGCUGUACGUAAAAAGUAUUCAAUGUGCAAAAAUGUUGACGAUUUUUUUUUCUCAUGAGUUUUUUUUAGGUUAGGUUUACCAUCUUUGUAAUAUAUAAUGAACUGGUUAGCUAAAGCCCACAGUUGGCGAAUCAAGGUAUCUCCUUUUUGCUAUUCAUUUAUACCAGCUGGUGGGAUGUGAAGUUGAA